AUGGCUCUAAACGUCGGCGGGCCCGUGUGGGCCAUGGACUGGCUGCCGUCCAAGCCAGCGGCCAACGCGGCGGCAGUUGCUGCUGCUCUCAUCAAGACCAAGCAGAAGAAGCCUCGACGCGGCUCUAAGGCGGCUAAAGCCGCGACUAAAGGCAAGGAGAACAACAAACAGUGGAGAUUCCUGGCAUUGUCGACGCACCCGCCGUGUCAAGUGGAGGAUGGGAAAGUUGUGAAGAACACGCCCCCAGACCAUUACUAUGAUGUCCCGGAGAGUGCUCGGAGUUUAAUCCAGAUCUGGGCCGUGCCGCCUCGGAUGGUGUAUGCUAUCGACCAUGAGAGCGGCGUGGCGUGGGAUUUGCAGUGGUGUCCGUUGGCGAAGAAGUUCCCCAAGGCGGAUCGUAGGCAGAAGAUUAUGGGGAUUUUGGCGGCGUGUUUUGGAGAUGGGAGUAUGAGGGUGUUUGAGAUUCCUGAGGUUCCUGAAGGAAUGCUACAGCAGGAAAUUAGCAAGGAGGGCGUCGUGGAAAACAACACCCCCGUUGUCGUCGCCAGGUUACCGCGAAUAUUGCAGUUGAGUGUACAGUGGUCGCCACACAAUUGGAAUAUGCUUCUCACGGGUGGAUCGGACGGCUCCGUAUCGCUUUGGAAUGUUAAAUCGGCUAUCAGCGAAAGUGACACUGUAGGCAAUGAGGGUAGUGAGCCUGAUCCUAUAGAACCCCAGCGGCGCUAUCAAGAUGCCGACACGAUUGGAAAGCAGGAAGCCUUCGAUUGGGGCUGCGGAUGGGUAGCCAUUCGUGCCGUAGUGUGGUCCCCGUUUGACGAGCAUCUCUUCGCAACGACCGGAAAUGACUCGGUGUUCAAGGUAUGGGACAUCCGCGAGCCUCGCGUGUGCGUUCGAUCGCACCGAAUACGGUCUACAUGGGGACUUGCUCUUCAGUGGAUGGACCAAACGUCAAUUCAAAUAUCAGGUGACCAAGGCUCCGUCUAUAUGUAUGACAUUUUGACUGGAAGUUACCAGAAGCUGCACUUUCACCCACAAAUCGACUCGCCUGUGUGGGAUCUGCAGUUCGCUCGGCGUGGCGCCGUGCCGUUGCUUGUUUCAUCGUGCACUUCAGGCAGUAUCCGCGCUGCUCCUGCCAAGAAGCUGUAUCGGGCACCCCAGAACUGCGUUGAAAUAUGCCGUCUCUCCGGCGAAAAGGACGCUAGCGUUGAGAAGCCGUUGAAGUCGCUGACAGUGUCAUUCGAGAAACAGUCAGUGCUUGGUUCUGCCGAUUCGGGGAGUCUAAACACGCGGGAGUUCUGCGAGAGGGAUGCUGCUCUACAUCGUCUGCGAUUAUCAUCGAGUACCCCGGGCGAUUACCCGUGCUACCUUGCCGCUGCAGGCCAUGCUGGACUCGUGAUCUUGCUCGAGAUGCAGGAGGUACUUGACACGCUGAUCUCUACUUUCUUCAUGCCACCUGCGAAAAAGAUCGGUCGGCCAAAGAAGGCAUUUACAGCAGUAGCACGAAAAUCACGAACAAUUGGGAGCUUUGCUAAGGCGAAAGGCAUGCACACGGCCUUGAGCAAAUACAAGAAGAAGUCGCUUGGAAAAGGCAAGGGCAAG